AUGGCCAAACCUGUGCUCAAGAAGACAGCGUCCUCUGCAGGUAGUUCCUCCUGUGCUCUGCCCUCCUGCAGGAGCCUGGCGCUGGCGGACCCCCGCCAGCCACGCUACCCCGACAUUAGCACCGUCGUCCCAGGGGGUUCCGAAGCUGCAGGGCCCCAAGCAGGCUGACCCAGGAGACUCAAGGCAGCCAUCACGGGAUUCUGGGCCACUUGCACUUCCUUCUCUGCCAUCGACUUCCUCUUUGUCAUCUUCGUGGUGUCCACCACCUUCCACUGCCACCGGCGCCUGGCUCUGGUGCCCACUCCCUGGGCCUAUCCAGGCCGCGUGGUCCUGGUCCCCUGACACCUGCCCCAGAGGGGCAUGUUCACCGUCAACUCCACAGGAGCAAGGGGGAACCAGAUGGGCGAGUACGCCAUGCUGUACGCCCUGGCCAAGGCCAGUGGGUGGCCAGCCUUCAUCCUGGCUCGGAUGCACAGCGCUCUCGCCCCCGUCCUGCACGGCCCCACGGCCAGCAGGAUCCCGCGGCGGAACUACCACCUGAACGACGGGAUGGAGGAGCAGUACCGUCACAGCCCGGGGGAGUUCGUGUGCGUCACCGGCUACCCCAGCUCCAGGACCUUCUACCGCCACCUCCAAGACGAGCUCCUCCAGGAGUUCACCCCGCGCGACCACGUGUGGGAGGAGGCGCAGAAGUUCCUGUGGGCCCUGCAGGCCAAGUGGGCCUGGCAGGCGACCUGUGUGGGAGUCCACAUGCGUUGAGGGGACUACAUCCGAGUCAUGCCGCGGGUGUGGAAGGGCGUGCUGGCUGGCCAGGGCUAUGUGCAGCAGGCCCUGGGCUGGUUCUGGGCCCACUAUGGUGCGGUCUUCAUGGUCACCAGCGACGACAUGUCCUGGUGCCGGCAGAACAUCGACUGCUCCUUUGGAGACGUGGUGUUCACUGGCAAUGGCCUUCAGGGCUCACCCACCAAGGACUUUGCGCUGCUCACGCAGUGUAACCACACAGUCCUCACCAUGGGCACCUUCGGGAUCUGGGCCGCCUACCUCACGGGUGGGGACACCCUCUACCUGGCUAACUUCACCCUGCCCGACUCACCCUUUGACAUGCUCUUUAAGCCUCAAGUGGCCUCCCUGCCCAAGUGGGUGGGCACCACCGCCGAACGGGGGCAGGCCGGAGACAACAGCCCCUACCCCCGGGCCCUCCCUCACCCCCGGGCCCCUCCGACCUCAGCAGUGCCUGCUGGGUGCAGUACGACACCCAAGUUUGCAUCCAGGCUGCUCUGCAUCCUGGCUGGGUAA